AUGAGAGACGAAGAGAUGGAUAGACAGCCACUGAAAGCCAUUAAACCGGCCGUCGAUAUGAUGGUUACGGUUAAGACGUAUUUCCAUCCAAACAAAGUCUAUAUAAUCGCCGGUGGUUUGGGUGGGUUUGGUAUGGAACUGGUGCCCUGGAUGUUAUAUUACGGUGCAAGGAAGUUUGUGGUCACGUCCAGGUCAGGGGUUAAAACAGGUUACCAACGAUGGUGCGAUUAUGUCGUGUCGACCGCCGAUUGUCUCACUAUUGAAGGCACACAACAACUCUUAAAAGAGACCCAAAAGUUGGGACCCAUUGGAGGGAUUUUCGCGAAUUUGGAUCAAUUGACCCGAAAAUUGGACUAUAAUUUGGAUUAUUUUGUCAUAUUUUCAUCCAUGGCUUGUGGAAAGGGAAAUGCCGGUCAGUCUAACUACUCGUUUGGUAACUCUAUGUGUGAACGCAUUUGCGAAGUGAGGCGUAGGGAUGGUCUGCAUGGACUGGCCGUACAGUACGGACCCAUCGGUGAUGUGGGAGUGUUUGAAGGGUCCGAUCAGUUGAUAACUUUAUCAUCACUCAGAAAACAACGGAUCAACUCUUGUUGCGAUGUUUUGGACAAAUUGUUGGCAAUUAAUACACCGAUUGUUACCUCAUUUAUCAAAGCCGAUAAAAUACAGAAAGGUGCAGGGACCAAACAGCGUAUGAUAGCUGAACUAUGGCGAGCACUGGGCAUCGACCCAAACACCACACCCAACCAUAUAACCCUGGGUGAGAUCGGCAUGGAGUCCAUGUUUGCCGUGGAGUUACAACAGGAGUUGGAAAGGGAGUGGAAUAUGAAAAUCUCCCUGAACCAGGUCAAAAGUAUAACCAUCGGCAUGCUCAAGGACUACGAAUCUGGUAACGUUAGUAACGUCAAAAAACAUAUUGAUCACUUAAAACGAUCCCGGGCUAAUUUGUUGAAACAAAAAUUUAUCAUACCUUCCGACCCGUACGUACGUCUAAAUGGGGUUACGAAGGGAAAGCCUGUUUACUUUAUGCCGACCGUAUUGCUAAACUUUUCCAUGUUCGAGGAGCUUGCUCAAAAACUUAAUCGCCCCGCUAUUGGCCUUAACUGGACACACGAAGUCAGCAAACUGACCACGCUAAAACAAAUACUAAAGUUUUACCAACAACUAUUAAACGUCCUAGAGCCUAAUGGCCAGUUCGAUGUGGUCGGGUAUUUCGACGGGGCUAUCGUAUGCUCGACACUCUUACUAAAGGAAAUGGCAGAUAAGGCGGUAAUUGUGGACCUAAUUAGGGAUCACCGGUUUUGCGACGAAAAACUCACGGAUGACUUCCUAUUGGAGUUUCUAUUGACUGUCAUGUCCACUGAGAUACCCGAGUCGUUUAAAGACAAAAUUGUCCGCGAGAUUAAAAAGGAGCAGGAUAUUAAGGUUAAGGUCAGGCUGAUUGUUAACGAGAUCGUAGACUUUGCCGGCAAAGGACUGGUAGCCCCGGACAUGGAGGAGAUCUUACACGUAAUGAUAGCCCGGAUUCGUAUGCUAUCGGAGUAUAGACUCAAUAAACGCAAGAAGUAUUCAAAUCGACUGAAACUCACAAUCGGGAAAAAGUGGGCCAAAAAGUCCGGAAAAUUGAUCAUGAUCAAACCAUUUAAGUGGGAUACCGUUGACAAUGUGGCUGAGUUUAUGGAAAAAUCCAGGGAUGAUGAUAGCAAGAAUAUCUCUAUGGAAAUGGUGGAUACUUCAAUUGAUCCAGAUGAGGAACUACUAGUAUAA